AUGACAUCCCUCACUCUUCUCCUGACACUGGCCCUCGUUACCCUUACGUUCGCGGCGCCGAAUCCAGACGAUUCCGACGAAAAUGUACCAGAAGAACCAUGUGAUCAGCCAGGCUGCGUGACGAGCUGUGGAAAGGCGGUUAGUGUUUUCCUCGUGGCAUCUUUUUCUUUCGUUAGUUCCUUUGGCUGAUAUGAUUGCAGGGCGUUGCUAUAAAUGUUUGUCGAGAUGGCGGAGGGACGAAUUGUGUGUGCAAAAAGCCUGGAGAGCCGGGUUAUGGAACUGGAAAGGGAUAG